UCAGAAACUUUGCUUGUAGUUUUGCAGUGGGCGGAGAAGUGCUGAGUGUCCGGUGAUAAACUGGAUGCCAAUUAGUGGAGAAGUCUCACCGGCGAGCGGCUACACACAGCACCAGUUUGGAGCCUUUUGUUUUGCCUGUUCUGAAGACAGAAGAUGGAGUGGCGCCAGCAGACCAGUGUCAGCUGUGCAGACGCAUUCACCGAGGCUCAACGCUGGAUUGAGGAAGUGACUGGAAAAUCAUUUGGUUGCAACAACUUCCGUGCUGCCUUAGAGAACGGAGUCCUGCUUUGCGACUUGAUCAAUCAGUUGAAACCUGGCAUCAUUAAGAGAUUAAACAGGCUUUCUACUCCCAUUGCUGGCCUUGAUAAUGUGAGUGUAUUCCUGAAAGCCUGUGGGAAACUGGGACUGAACGUGUCACAGCUGUUUCAUCCAGGAGACCUGCAGGACCUGUCCACUCGUGCAACACUCAGGCGAGAUGAAGGCAACAGAAGACUCAAAAAUGUUCUGAUCACAAUCUACUGGUUGGGUCGCAAGGCUCACCUAGACCCCUUCUACAGUGGUCCUCAGCUUAACUUCAAGGCUUUUGAAGGGUUGUUAGGGUUGGCUUUGUCAAAGGCUUUGGAUGAGGGCAGUAAUGUGUUUGUGAAAGACAGCGGGUACAGAGAGUCCUUGUACCCAGGGAGGGAGGAAUGUCUGCAUGUAAUACCGAGCUACAAGAUGGAGCACUCUGUGGACAGCAUCGACUCACUGGAUUCUAGAGCCCUCCACCCAAACAGUGAAGGUUGUGGAAGUGACGCAGAAGCUGAGCAGGUGUUCAAGAUGGAGACCACCCAGCCCUCAACUCAAAACAAGGGUUAUAUCCCACCGUCACUCCUACAGAGAAAACCUGGCCUGGAGCAGAGUGGAAGCGGCUGUACUAGUCCACUCGCCAGAGCAUAUCAAAUCCAAGUCAAAGCUGAGAGACCAGUCCAGGUCAAUCCUGGCUGGAUUUGGAGCAAAUCACUGAGUGACAUCCCGAUGGUAUACCCUGUGCGUAAAGUUCCUGAUGGGAACCCUGUUUAUGAUAUGGGCCAGGACACUGGCAUUGCAAGAGAGUGGAAUCAAGAGAACAAACGCAAGUGUAGCGUUGCUGCCAAGGACACUGAAGCUCAGUGGCAGGAUGAUUUGACAAAGUGGAAGAAUCGUCGCAGGAGCACCAAGUCUGACCUCUGCAGGAAGUCUCAAGACAGAGAGCAUGUCAUUAACCAGAUGAUCAAUGGGUCUAACUUUGAGAAAAAAGAAGCAGGCGGACUGCUAAAGAGAGACCAACCGUCACCACGCAGGCACAACUCUGCCCCCCGUCCUUACUCCACCUCCUCUCCAUCAAAAUCAACAAGCUCUGAUCUCCGGCCACGUACUCGAGCUCUGCUGGCCCGCACCUACGCUAUUGAGGCACCUUUCAGCUCUACAGCUCCACUUUGCCCCCAUAAGUCAGCCCACACUCAGGGAUCAGUUGGAGCCAUGCCUGCCUCAGAUGGGAACAUCUUGGGAGAAGAGACCCACUUUGCUUCCCUGGCUUCAGAUGGAACAGGAGUCACUACACCUUCUCUGGACUGCCCCUUCAGCUCCCAGACCCAAGUCAAAGCUGAGGGCAGCCCAGCUCCUUUUGAGCCAACAUCUGAACUGGAACAUGUUUUUACAAACCAAACCUCAACUUUGAUAACCACUAUACAGCCAAACAAGACCACAAAGUCAACCAGCACCAGGGAUCGUACUGCAUCUAUGUCAAGUCACAAGGAAUUUCCAUUUUGCGCUGAUCCAAAAGUUUCAACCUUUUGUCCUGAUUCAGUUAAUCUGCCAGGAGUUGACCACCAGAACCACAAGUCCCAGGAAGAGAGCCAGAAGACAUCUUGGGAACCAGCUGCGGAGCAAGGCAGAGGGCAGCAGGCUGCAGGCGUCUACAAGUACUUGUCCAGAACUGGGUCGUGGUCCGGCUCAGCCAGCCUUCCUCGUGGUUACCGGAGGUCCGAGGGCUCAUCCCGUCUCUCUUCUGCAAUCACAGCCAGACCCUUUGGCACCAAGCAGUCCAGGGUGUCCUCUCUGCCGAGACUGUUCAAUGUAGACGACAACCAAGGUCUGCUAUUGAAAAGUGAGAAAGAGGAAUCUCUUUCUACACCCACCGAAUCUUCGCUCAAAAGACAGACUGCGACUGCACAUCUAAAGGGUCAGUACCAGGCUUCAGUCAGACAGAAGAAAGCUAAUCAGGCAGAACCAAAGCAGAAUGGUACAGAACAGCGAGAAGAGGUGAAAGGUGCCACUCUUUCCACCCAGACCAACGGCUAUCACCAUCAGUCCCAUACCCAAGCCCAGCUACGACGGCAACCUUAUUCAAACCUGCAGACGCACCACAACAAAAGCUCAAGUCUCCCACCUAAUUCCAGCAUUGACCACCCAAAGGUGGAUCACAGUGACAUGAGAGUAAGCCUUACACUUAAACCCAACAGUAGACCAGACUUUGGUUUCCAGAUUCAUUGGGACUCCACAGGGGCAAGAGUCAAAUUUAUUAAACCUGGCAGUCCAGCAGCGCUUUGCCAGCUGUGUGUGGACGAUGAGAUUGUGGCUGUUAAUGGAGUUGCACUGGCACGCAUGAACUACACCCAGUGGAAGGAUAAAAUGACAUCUUCCCUGCAAACCGGCAGUCUGACCAUGGACGUUCGGCGCUAUGGCAACAAGGAUUGGAGCAGCAGUGAGGGGAGUCAUCACAACCAGCCAGGCCAGAGCAGGACCCUCAAUCUGACUGCUGCAGCGCCCAUUCUGACAGGUUGCCCUGAUCACCAUGCCAACAGUGGCGCCUCUACAGAAAUCACAGUCAGAAAAGUGUCCAAAUGCAAUGGGCAGCCGGACAAUGUUUUACAAGGUAAAGUCAUGCUUGGAGAGCUUGCUGACAACCACAGGACAGCCAAAAGUAAAGGAGGGUCAGAAUCUGCAAUAUCUGAUCUCCAGGUGCCAUCCCUCAGCCCCUCCUCAUCCAGCUGGUCCUGGGACCGUGAGGAGGAUCGAAGGCGUCAGGAGAAGUGGCAGGAAGAACAGGAGCGCCUCCUACAGGAGCAAUACCAGCGGGAUCAUGAGAGGCUGGAAGCAGAGUGGCGGAGGGCACAGCAAGAUGCAAUGGGGGAGUUGUGCAGGAAGUCAGGGGAGAACACCUUUGAGAUGACCACUGGUGGUGAGAGCCGUGCCAGCGCCCAGCUCCAUGUGAAGGGAUUGACCAACAAAACCAGAGAAGCAGAAUGGAUCCCAGACAGAGAUGAGCUGAAAGAAGCAGGAUCAAGACCUCAAAGUAAUGCACAGAGAGUGCAGAAUGACAAUAUUACUGAACGAGCCUGGGCUGAGGACUCCUGUGGCUUUGCUCAGCUGUCUCCUGCUCACAGGGCAAAAUCCUUGUCUACCCCAGCAUUAGCUGGCCCCCACAAACAGACAAGAGGUGAUGAAAGGAAAAGAACAGGACAGUCUGUGUCUAAGGUUGAGAAAGAAAGGCAGCAGAUUUUGGAGGAGAUGAAGAAAAGGACUCAGCUUCUGACCGACAACAGCUGGAUACGUCAGCGCAGCAGCAGCUUUUACAAGGAACCCAUCUAUGUUGGGGUUCCCCUGAAGAGGGUUGAGUCUCUGGACAACCUGGACACUUUGCGUCAGUCCCCACUCUCGACCGCUACGUUCAGUUACCCUCGUCCACACUCUGCUGCAGGUUACUGUGCUCCGAGUCGGAAUUCCUUCUCCCGCUACAGCACUGGAGCAAUGUUAUCCCAGAGAAAUACAUGCAUGGACCCCUCUGAGCAUGGCAGGAUGAUCAGUGGCAGGAGGACUUGCUGUGUGUGUGAGCGUGUCCUGGGUAGUGGGGCAUCCAUGGUCAUAGAGGCCCUUAGUCUCUGCUUCCACCUCGCCUGUUUCCAGUGUGUGGGCUGCCACCGACAUCUCGGAGGAACUGAGACUGGAGUCCAGGUUCGAAUCCGAAACAGGAAGGCCUACUGUGAGCCCUGCUAUUUCCAACUCAAGUCCGCUGUUGCCCCCGCCAUGUGACGAAAACGUUGUACUCCAGAUUAUAGAGUAAGCAGCUGAAUCAGUGGGGAUUGCUUUUGGAUAAAACAAUGAGAACACAGUGGAAACAUUGUCCACGCAGCCAAGCCAUGGCUUUUGUGUCUGACAAUAUUUGCUGGUAAAACUAUAAACUCUACUACGUGAUGUAAAAUUUUGACAAGCCACUUUGUUUGUCUGUCCUCUUUUCUGCAAAUGUGUUUCUAAGAAAAUUUUGAUUUAAUAUAUGAAAUAAAGUAAUCACAGGAAUAUUAGUAUUUGAUUAAUUCUUUUAUUUUAAUGUUAGUGUUGCUAUUUGUCAUAUCUUUGUGCUAUAUUUGAUAAUUGCUCAAUAGUGCAUUAAACAUGUAUAUUUCUUGUUAAUGUAGCCCACGUAUGGAGGCACAUUUUAACUUGUACUGUUGCACUUUCUGUUCUAUUGUAAUCUCACCAAGUGCACUUUGGGAUAAUGCAGGUAUUCCUUGUGUGAAAAUGGGAAAAAUUUAAAUGUUUUUGAAAAAUAAAGUGAACAUUAUC